AAAAAUGACUGGUCGUGGUAAAGGUGGUAAAGGUCUCGGAAAGGGAGGUGCUAAGCGUCACAGAAAGAUUCUUCGUGAUAACAUUCAAGGUAUUACUAAACCUGCUAUUCGUCGUCUUGCCCGUCGUGGUGGUGUUAAGCGUAUCUCUGGUCUCAUUUAUGAAGAAACCCGUAGUGUCUUGAAGGUCUUCCUUGAAAACGUCAUUCGUGAUGCUGUUACUUAUACUGAACACGCCAAGAGAAAGACUGUUACUUCCUUGGAUGUUGUCUAUGCUCUCAAGAGACAAGGCCGUACCCUUUAUGGUUUCGGUGGAUAAAUCAAUUGCAACUUAUACAACUACAAUUUGAAUAUUUAUAUACAAUAUAUCCCCUUUUUUUUAUUAUUUCUGUAAAUAUACAAUAAUAAACAAAUAUAUAAUACACAUAUAAUAUUUAUAGUUUUAUAUAUAAUCUAUACAUAAAAUAUAAUUGGUUCACGUGUCUACUGUAUUUUUAUAACCUUUUAUCUAUAAGAUAACGAUUAACGUUUUGAUUUUUUAUUUUAUUUUGUUUUUUUUCUUAAUUUUAUGUCCAUAUUGGCUGAAAUAGAAAAUGAUGAUGAUCAUAAUAAUACUACAGCAACAACAACAACAACAACAACAACCUUAAAUAA